GGCAGAGUGGACGCAGCCCAGGCUGUCAGUUGCUGCAGAGCUGACAGCACCUGGAUCCUUCAGCUUCCUUCUCCCUCCAACGCCAAGACCCGAUGCCUACUUGGUUCCAUCACUUGGAUCCUCCGUCCAUCAGGCUGAGAAAGGCGCUUCCUCUGAGUUCAGGAUGCUUCCUACCCAUUUCCCUUCAUCCCUGUGAAGCCAACCCCCCCACCCGCCUCCUCCUCCUGUUUCCCUUCCAGAUCUGAUCUCACAUGUUGUCCUUUCCCUUACUUUCUACUCCAUCCUCCUCUUCCUCAAUAAGGAAGACACUCCCUUUACCCACAGAGCAUGCCUCCCUGCCCCCACCCAUACCUCCAAAUAUUUGGGAGAGAAGAUGGGUGAGCAGAAUUCUUCCUCCGUGGCCUAGUCUGGCCCGGGUAUGGAGAGGACAGUAGACAUUUGAAGUGGAAAAUAAACUGGAGCAGAGGGUGGUCAGGAAGUGGGUAAGUGAUUAGAGGUUGGGAGUCCAGGGAAGGACUUCCUCUGGGUGCUGAGGAAGCAGGAAUGGGGAGGAUCACAGGUGGGCUGGAGAGUCCUCAGGAAGGACCCGAGGCUGUGUUGGAAGGAUGCUCGGGCACUGGACAGAGUGGGCUUGGAGAUGACGUUACUAGACUGCCUGGAUUAUGCUGAGAGUCUGAUGCUCCCUCUGCCCUUCAUUGCUCCACCCCCGCUCCCACACUGGGUCAGUAUUUAUGUGUCCUGGACCUAGAGAGGCCCCUGGAAUCGCCACUGUCCCGGCUCUUCUCUCCCUGUCCCGCCUUCCCCGCCGCCCGCCCCACUGGCCAGUCCCCACGCCCACACGCCCAAGGCUGCCUCAUCUGGCACUGAUUAUCCCCGCUGCUGCUGCGCCGCCGCUGCUGCUACACUCAGCUGCCUCUGUCUUGAGGACUCCAGUGCCUCUCCCUCGGGCCAUGCUGCCUACUACCACAGCCUCCCUCUUGGGGCCCCUCCUCACUGCCUGGGCUCUGCUGCUGCCUUUCACCCAGGGCCAGAGCCCCAACUACACCAGACCUGUGUUCCUGUGUGGAGGGGAUGUGACUGGGGAGUCGGGUUACCUGGCAAGCGAGGGUUUCCCUAACCUCUACCCCGCCAAUAAGGAGUGCGUCUGGACGAUAACGGUCCCUGAGGGCCAGACUGUGUCCCUCUCCUUCCGAGUCUUUGACCUGGAGCUGCACCCAUCCUGCCGUUAUGACGCUCUGGAGGUCUUUGCCGGGCCUGGAACCUCAGGCCAGCGGCUCGGACGCUUCUGCGGGACCUUCCGGCCAGCACCCUUAGUCGCUCCCGGCAACCAGGUGACCCUGAGGAUGACAUCGGACGAGGGCACGGGAGGACGAGGCUUCCUGCUCUGGUACAGCGGGCGGGCCACCUCAGGCACUGAGCACCAAUUUUGCGGGGGGCGGCUGGAGAAGGCCCAGGGAACCCUGACCACGCCCAACUGGCCCGAGUCCGAUUACCCCCCGGGCAUCAGCUGUUCCUGGCACAUCAUCGCGCCCCCGGACCAGGUGAUCUCACUGACCUUCGGGAAGUUUGACCUGGAGCCCGACUCCUACUGCCGCUACGAUUCGGUCAGCGUGUUCAACGGCGCCGUGAGCGACGACGCCAAGCGGCUGGGGAAGUUCUGCGGCGACACAGCCCCGGGUCCCAUCUCCUCCGAAGGCAACGAGCUCCUCGUCCAGUUCGUCUCGGACCUCAGCGUCACGGCCGACGGCUUCUCGGCCUCCUAUAGGACCCUGCCGCGGGGCGCCACCGAAGGAGGGCCAGGCCCGGGCCCCAAGCCCGGAGUCGGGCCCAAAGUCAAGCCCGAAGUCCCACCUGAGGAGAAACCGAAGGCCGCGCCUAAGGCAGAGGCAACUCCGGUGGGCCCCGAUGCACCCACUGUCUCCUGCCCAAAACAGUGCCGGCGGGCAGGCACCUUGCAGAGCCACUUCUGUAACAGCGACCUGGUGGUGACGGGAAUGAUGAAGUCCAUGGUUCGGGGCCCAGGGGAGGGCCUCACAGUCACUGUCAGUCUCACUGGUGUUUACAAAACCGGAGGCCUGGACCUGCCCUCUCCCCCCACUGACACCUCCCUGAAGUUCUAUGUGCCCUGCAAGCAGUGCCCCCCCAUGAAGAAAGGAAUCAGUUAUCUGCUGAUGGGCCAGGUGGAAGAAAACAGAGGUCCGAUCCUUCCUCCAGAGAGCUUCGUGGUUCUCUACCGGCCCACCCAGCACCAGAUCCUCACCAACCUCAGCAAGAGGUGCCCCUCCAAGCCUGUUCAGGCUGCUGGAUCCCAAGCCUGAGCCCAGGCCAGCCUCCGGACCCUGGCCCUAGGGACCCCUUUCUUAUCCAAAUAAAUGUUUCUAGAUUUGAGGAAGGGGUCACAUGUCCAUUUGUAUGGUUUUGGUGCUCCUCUGGGGAUUUGUUUUCAUUCAUUCAUUAAA